GGAGAAGUGUGGUGUCUCUUCAAAGAUAUGUUCAACAUUUCUCAAGAUGCCAAUUUCAUAGCCCAUGAGGCAGCUCGUCGUGAGGAUGUGUAUUCAUAUGAAUAUGAAGAUGGCCCAGGUCCUGAUCUGAAAAACCUCGUGUUCGAUACCAAGAACAGGUCCAAAACCCCCUGGAAUAGUAGAAUCAUCGAUCUGCUACUUGGAGAAUUAUGGAGAAGGGGUGAUGAAGAGAGGUGGCCAUUCACCAGGUCAGAGGCGUAUUUCAGGAAAAUUCUUCGAGAUCGCUACAAGCGACUGCGUACGGUCUGGACGUGUGCCCAGCCUAAGGUCACGGCAAAGGGUGUGCUGGAAACUCCCGCGGAGGUAGAGGAGAGGUUAAUCACGAAGAAGGACAAAUUAUUGAAGGUGACUCGUCAAAUGACACAUCGCAGAAAUAAAUAUCUCCGUAGAGCAACAGUUCUUGACCAUCUCGUUAAGCAGAAGACCAAUGAUAAAGAAGAGGACCUCCCAGUGUGGCAGUGGCUUCAGCAACUAGUGAAGACGUUGGGAGAA